AUGCAUUUGGCUACAAAUCCUAGCGGUAAUAUAUACGUAUCUACGAGCGACCUCACUUCAUGCAAGUCCUACGCUAUAAAGAAGAAGAUCUGCACCUCUUUUGUCGCAUAUGAAGCAGCAUCACGUCCAUUAUGUGAGCUCCAGAUCCUGUUAAGCAUUUCAAAGACUUUACCUGAAAUUUGUACCACAUCCACAUUUGAAGCAAGAAUUAACACUUUUCAAAACAUUGACAACAACCAAUGGCUUUACAUACUUACAGAAGACACUAAUUGUAUACUUCAAUGUAAAACGGAAGUUACACAUCAUAAAUUACAAGGAGCAGGCAUUUUAUCCUUACCGGAAAACUGCAAACUUUAUACUGGGUAUAGUACGCUAACAGCCUUUCAAUCUAUUGAAGAAAAUGUAACAUAUCCUGUAAUAGUUCCAGACAUUAGAACAGACGAUUGCUUUGAAGAAUACAAGAACUUUGAAGCUCCAAACUUAAUUCCUAUUAAAAUUAAUGAAAUGCCUUUGGAUUCACUGAAACAAAUAAAACAUCAUGUCGAUAAAUUUAAGGAAAGCUUAGAAAAUAUGAGAUCUCGACCAAUCCUACAAAGAUAUUCGUCAACGUUUACAUGGAUAUACUUCGUGUUAUUCAUAACAAUGCUAGGAUACUUCAUUUAUAAAAUUAGCAAACGUUGUCCUAAUGGAUUACUCCUGCGUAACCGAAGACCAAGCCGUGAUAAUAGUUGUAUACAAAUAUUUAACAACUGUUUUUCAAACACAUCACGACGUCAGAGAAUCCAAGUUGCCGUCCCGAUGACUACUAUAGCAACAAGUACCUGCGUAACGGAAGACGAAGAGGAAAAUGAAGAAAAUUAUCCAAGAACUUCAACACCGAGAGUUCAAAGAUCAAGCUCUCAAGCCCAAUCUUUAUUCUAAGGGGGAGGUGUUACAUAUAUUAAGAGUACGUGACCUAAGACCAUGUGUCAGCCUACGACCUAAUCAUUAUAAUAUUUGACAUUCCUAUUUGUAUAUUUGUAUUUGUCCAUUUGAUAUCGAAAUCAUUAUAUUGUUUAAUAUUCAUAUUUGUAUAUUUGUUUAUCUCAUACAAAUUUCCAUUAGUAAGUUAUUAUCUGUAUUUGUUGUCACUCUUUCGAUGGAAGUAUUUGACUAUUGUAAUUGUAAAUAGUAAUUAAGAUAUCUCUACUAUAUAUAUGGACGAUUUGUAAUAAUAAAGACAGUUCAAUUCAGAUA